AUGCAACUCAUCAUUGUGGGUAUUGAAGCAAUGCGUAGAGCGAUCUCCUUUCUCGUACAACCGAGAUGCCUCCUUGUCGUCAUUGUUCUCACAAUUUUCGUGAUUCUCGCAAUAUCUGGUUCCAGAUGGGUUGAAGAGAAAGAAGAAGAAGAACCUGAAAUUACAGACAGAGUAUUCUUGGAUGUUGAUAUUGAUGGACAACGUUUAGGUAGGAUUGUCAUUGGAUUAUAUGGCCAAGUUGUACCAAAAACUGUGGAAAACUUUAGAGCUUUGUGCACAGGGGAGAAAGGAAAGAAUGCCAAUGGUGUAAAACUUCAUUACAAAGGAACACCAUUUCAUAGGAUAAUAUCAGGUUUCAUGUUUCAGGGUGGUGACAUUGUUCAUCAUGAUGGUAGAGGACAUGAAUCUAUUUAUGGUGCUACAUUUCCUGAUGAGAAUUUCAAGAUAAAACAUUCGCAUGCGGGUGUAAUCUCUAUGGUGAAUUCAGGUCCUGAUUCCAAUGGCUCACAGUUUUUUAUUACCACAGUGAAGACCAGUUGGUUAGAUGGAGAGCAUGUAGUGUUUGGGAAGGUUGUCCAAGGCAUGGAUAAUGUGUUUGCAAUUGAAGGGGGUGCUGGAACCUACGAUGGGAAACCCAGAAAGAAAGUUGUCAUUGCAGACUCUGGACUCUGGAGAGAUACCCAAGAGUCUGUGGGAUAG